AGCAUCGCGCCAGGCCGCAGUGUGAAAGAAAAGCCUUGAUUUUUAUCCCGAAUACAACAGACGGUUGCACAAUUUCCUGCAAAGGAGCGCACACUUGCGAUAAAGCGCCUGCGGAGAACAUCGCUGGACGGAAAUUGAAUCCCGAAAAUCAUCAAACUAUUGAAGACUUGGUUUCAUCCGGUAUGCCGACAAAAGACGUCAAGAAAACUAUUGGAACACUGGCGGAGGGCGUGACGAAAAAUCAACUCAAUUAUGCGAUCAAGGCCGCGAACAAAAAACUUUUUGGAAGUGGAGUUCUUUCUCUAGGAGAGUUGGAGGAAUGGGCUGCGAUAAAAUCCAGGAUCCCACAAGAUAACCGAACGGCGUUUGUCCUCGACAAGGACAUUGACCAUGCUAAUGCAAAAUUUCGUUUCCUCGUUUCUUCGCGGCAGUUGCUGUCUCUGGUGGGUGAGCUCCGCAUCAUUGCUGCUGAUUGUACUUUUAAAACAACUUUGGAAGGAUUCCCUCUUCUCGUGGUGUGCAUGGUCGAUGAAAUGAGGCACGCACACCCCAUUGCAUUCGGGUGUUUAUCGAAUCAAUCGGCCUCCGACUAUGAGUUUGCGUUUAACUGCAUUCACGAAACAUGCGCCAAGAUAGGCAUCAAGCUGGACGCGUUGGAAUUUUUCAUCAGCGAUGGCGAGACAGCUUUAAAAUCAGCUGCCAAGAAGGUGUUUGGAGGCAUCAAAACAAUAAAUUGCUAUUUCCAUCUGAAACAAAAUUUGAAAAAAUAUUUUCAAAAAUUCAAGAUUCAGGCAGACCUCCAAUCAUCCAUUAGCGACGGCAUUGAUAAGCUUCAAAUCGCACCCACACAAAAACACUACGAGAGUGCUGUGCAGUUGUUUAUGACUGACUAUGACAGCGUUCCAGGCUUUACAGAUUUCUUCGCGAAAUACGUAAACAAUUCGAACUUUGCGGGAUGGCACGAGGCCUUUGCCCCUGGCGUGCCGUCCACAAAUAAUGCUGUCGAAGCCAUCAAUAAAUCAAUCAAGUACAACGCCCUGCACAGACAAAAACAGACUUUAGCAACAUUCAAAACAUUGCUACUAAGAUUGGUUGAAACGUACGGUGAUCCGGCCAGACUAGUUCACCGCCAUCGAGUUUUUGGAAUACAAGAACAGCGAGAGGCAUGGCGUUUCUUGAACAGUGGAAAAACAACAAGACCCGUGCGCUGUGGAAUACACGUUUACAUGUUUAUACCCGGAAGCGAAAGAGAGGAGGUGAGCAUGAAUGAAAUUCGACGUUUCAUGGUACCAAAGUACACUUCGUUCGAAGAUUACAAGGUAGACUUGAAUACAAUUUAUCGGGUUUCUAUGCCGGAUGAAAACUACAUGCAGUGGAACUGCACAUGCAGGAUUUUUUUUAAAAACAACAUUUGUAGCCACAUCGUAAUAGCAGCUGUAAAGCAAGGCCUCUACCAGCUACCACCGGAGGCCGAUCCAACAAUAAUUGGUCGAAAAAAACCGACGGGCCGUCCAAAAAAAAUGUCAAAAGCGUUAGUCAUAGAGUGACCACACACACACACACACACACACACACACACACACACACACACACACACACACACACACACACACACACACACACACACACACACACACACACACACACACACACACACACACACACACACACACACACACACACACACACACA